AGUCAGUUGACGAUUCUCCGCUUGUCGUCGUCAUUGUCCAUCUCAAGUACGGUCGCUGUCAUGGUAGAAUUCUGCACGAACAACACCCACGAUGACGAGACCAAAGUUGCGCCGAAUGCGAGCAAUGAACUGCAACUACAACUGCCUAUCAGCACGCGUGAUGCUGGAAUCGACGAGCGCUUACGAAAUGGGGGAUGGCAAGAUACGUUCAAGGCAUUCGAGAGGCAGCUCGUGGAAUACAACCUCGAGGCGCGUGGCAUUCAGCGUGUAGAGCCAGACGAGCGACAAGACUUGCGCCUCCUGGGAUACUCGCAGGUCGCUAUCAUGUGGUUUAGCGUCAACCUGGCUGCAAACAACAUCACCCUAGGUAUGCUGGGCCCCGCUGUCUUCGCGCUCGGAUUCCUUGACUCCUGUCUGCUGGCCGUCUUUGGCGUAUCUGUGGGCUGUCUUGUUGUCGCAUACAUUGCCACCUUUGGGCCGAAGAGUGGAAAUCGGACCAUGGUAUUCACACGCUAUGUCACAGGAUGGUGGCCGUCUAGAAUUGUUGUCUUACUCAAUAUUGUCGUCCUUUUGGGUUACGGCAUGAUCGACUGCGUAGUAGCCGGACAGAUACUGUCUGCCGUCUCUGGAAAUUCCAUGUCUGUCGUAGUCGGCAUCAUCAUCGUGGCCGUGAUUGCAUGGAUCAUCACAACGUUCGGAUAUCGAAUAUUCCACUAUUAUGAGCGCUGGGCGUGGCUCCCCCAGUUAAUUGUGCUCUCCGUGUUAGCUGGUAUCGCAGGGCCACACUUCAACAUCUCUUCCCAGUCGACUGGCGAUACGGAUCCGGACACCAUAAUAGGAAACCGCAUUAGCUUUUUCGGCCUGACACUAGCUGCGGCUAUCACAUACGGUGGUGGCGCGGCUGAUUAUUUUGUUUACUAUCCCGAACACUCAUCGUCCUUGAAAAUCUUCGCAAUGACCAUGCUAGGUCUUAUGUGCAGCUUUACAUUUGCCUUUAUCUUAGGUAUCGGCCUAGCAUCCGGCAUGUCAACCAAUAGCAACUGGGAAGCAGCAUACGGUGUAUCCCAGGGCGCUCUCAUUGUCGAAGCAUACAAGCCUCUUGGCGGGUUUGGUUCUUUCUGUGGUGUCAUCGUCGCUCUUGGUCUUGUCGCCAAUCUCAUUCUUCCCACAUACUCUUCUGGUAUUGAUGCCCAGAUCCUUGGUCGGUACGCAGGCGCGAUACCGAGAGUAAUCUGGAACACCAUCGGCGUUGUCAUAUACACAAUAUGUGCAUUAGCCGGACGUGCUCAUCUUGCCGAGAUCUUUACCAAUUUCCUGGCUCUGAUGGGUUACUGGGUAUCUGUCUGGGUCGCUAUCGUUCUAGAAGAGCAUUUGAUCUUUCAUCGCCAGGCAGGCUUUAAUUGGGGAGUUUGGAAUCAAAAGAAGAAGCUCCCUCUGGGUAUUGCAGCAUUUGCAGCCUUUGUCAUCGGUUGGAUAGGCGCUAUCAUGUGCAUGGCACAAGUUUGGUAUAUCGGGCCAAUCGCCAAGCAAGUUGGUACCCACGGAGGAGAUAUGGGCAAUUUUAUUGGCUUUGCAUGGGCGGCAGUUGUAUAUCCUCCCCUAAGGAUAUUGGAACUCAAGCGGUUCGGAAGAUGA